UGUACACAAUUCAUAGAAAACCAAAACAAAAUAAAUUUUUAAUAUUUGCUUGGCGGGAUCAGAUUUUUAAAAAAGAAAAUAAUUAAGCAGAAUUAAACUUCACAACAGGUGAUCUUAAAAAAUUAUAAUGGCAAUGAGUAUGGCAUCUACAGCUACAAUAGAAGAACAGGAUGAUGAAUGUGGUCCUCUUCCGGUAUCAAAACUAGAGGGCAAUGGAAUUUCAUCAGGAGAUAUACAGAAACUGGAAGAAGCAGGUUUUCACACAAUUGAAGCAAUCGCAUUCUCUCCCAAAAAAUACCUCCUUGCUAUCAAAGGAAUGUCUGAAAACAAAGUUGAAAAGUUACUUACUGAAGCUGCCAAGUUAGUGCCUAUGGGUUUCACUACGGCUGCAGAGUUUCAUCAGAAACGUUCAGAAAUUGUUUCGCUUACUACAGGUUCGAAAGGUUUGGAUAAGCUCUUAGGAGGAGGCAUUGAAACCGGUUCUAUAACUGAAUUAUUUGGUGAAUUUAGAACAGGAAAAACUCAGCUGUGUCAUACUUUAGCAGUAACUUGCCAAUUGCCAAUUGAGAGUGGAGGAGGAGAAGGGAAAUGUCUUUUUAUUGAUACAGAAGGAACAUUCAGACCUGAACGUUUACCUGCUAUUGCUGAGCGUUAUAAAUUGAAUCCACAGGAGGUGCUAGAUAAUAUAUCUUAUGCAAGGUGCUAUAAUACAGACCAUCAAACUCAAUUAUUGAUCCAGGCAGCCGCUAUGAUGGUAGAAUCAAGGUAUGCUUUAUUGGUUGUUGACAACGCAAUGGCUCUAUAUAGAACUGAUUAUUCAGGACGAGGUGAAUUAUCUGCAAGACAAAUGCAUCUUGCCAGAUUUUUAAGGAUGUUAUUGAGGUUAGCUGAUGAGUUUGGAGUGGCGGUAGUUAUAACUAAUCAAGUGGUAGCCCAAGUCGAUGGAAUGGCGAUGAUGAAUGCUGAUCCGAAAAAACCAAUUGGAGGCAACAUUAUGGCACAUGCCUCAACGACCAGGUUGUACCUUAGGAAAGGCAGAGGCGAGACUAGAAUGUGUAAAAUUUAUGAUUCACCGUGUCUGCCAGAAUCAGAAGCCAUGUUUGCCAUAUAUCCAGAUGGUAUAGGAGACCCUAAGGAAUAGUUUUUUGGACAACCGUUAAUUUAAGAAAAAUUUAUUCCAAUCAAAUCUAUGAAAAGUUUUGUGAUUUAUAAAUAGGAUUAUUUUUGUAAAAUGAAGAGAUCUGUUAACAAUUCUGUGAAGAAUCAAUUGUAUUAUAAAUACACCGUUAUCUUUA